AUGAACGGUCUCCUAGCUGAUCAUGACGACUCCAUGGCUCAUUUCAACGGCAGCGCAGUCCCUAACAAGAGAAAGCAUGACGACCUGACACUUGCCAGAGACGACACUCGUUCCGUCGCUAGCGUUUUAGCGGCCUCAACGCCACUCCAACCAUCCUCACCCCCUCCCCACGAUGACCGAUCAGCAUCCUCCACCCCAGCACCGCCAUACACAUCCGAAGCGCAGAGAGUCUACAUUGCUCGCACAGCACCCCAUCUUCUCGGUCUCGGCCAAUCCUCCACCCCAUCUGGCUCAUCAACUCCAUCAGCCCCACCCUCCGGCCAUUCCAGUUCAUCCUCCGACGACGGCCAUUCCACUACCGAUGGCCUCAAACCCAUCCCCGCUUCCUCCAGCAAAUCCCACCAUAUCGUUCCCAAAAACUUCCCCGGGCCAAAACCGCUCACGAACGACGCAGAAGACUUUGUCCCCAUCCCACACCUUGCUCACGUUCCUAACACCAACGCAUUGUAUAGCACAGUCAACUUCGCCUUCAACCGCAACGGAUGGCGUUACACCGCCGCCGGUCCCGCAACCCAACACCUACCCCUAACCGUAUUCAAAACGCUCGAAACCAGACCAGCCAACGUCCACUGGUGUUGGUCCGACCGAUCUCGAUUCACCCACAUCAGCGCAGACGCUUCCAUCUUGUCGAACGAAAAAGGCUUUCGCAGCUCACGUACCAACAUUGGCGUCAGACAAGGAGAGUGGUACGCUGAAAUCGAAAUCCUCCCGCCUGACCAUCUCGAGCCACCACCAAAAUCUAUGGUACACGGACACCAGAUCAGGCUCGGUUGGGGUAGAAGAGAGGCUGGACUCAAUGCUCCUGUUGGGUUCGAUGGCUAUGCUUAUGGCUAUAGAGGUAAGACGGGGGAUAAAGUUACGCUUUCGAGACCACAGGCGUAUGGGAAGCCGUACAAGGAGGGAGAUGUGGUGGGCAUGUAUAUUAAGCUCCCCCCAGAGAGGGAGGCGGUGGAUAAGGAUGAUCCGGCGAAUAUUAGGAGGGAGAGAAUUCCACUGAGAUGGAAGGGACAGGUUUAUUUUGAAAGUUUAGAGUAUCCGAGGACGAGAGAGAUGGAGCAGUUGUUUGAGAGGAGCAUCAAGGGAACUAGUUUGAACGAGGCGUAUAAGGGGGUGGAGGGUACGGGUGUGUUUGAGCCUUAUAACCCUGCUGCUAAUCCGGGACUGGGUGAUGGAGUGGAUGGCAACGGGAAUGGAGCAUCAACUUCUGCUGUUGGUGGAGUUGGAGGAAGCAGUGGCAGUGCAAAGGUGAAAAACAGGAAGAAUCCCGGAGCUACAACCAAACCCUCCGGUCCCACCACUCCAUCAUUGCGACCCAUCCCCAAACUCGAAGGCAGUAAAAUCGGAUUCUUCCUAAAUGGCCAACCGCAAGGCAUAGCUUUUCGCGAUCUAUUCGACUAUCGUCCACUCCGCGUUCGAGGCUUUACCAAUCUCAACCCCACCUACUCCUCUUCUUCUUCCAUCCCCAAACCCGCCAGAUCCCGCGGCAAGCAACCAGAACCCAAACGCGGCGAAAUCUCGGAACCCAUCAUCAACAUCAAACCACGUGAAAACGUCUUCGACGAUGGUGCGCUCGGCUAUUUCCCCUUUGUCUCCAGCUACGGCGGAGCAAGGGCGAGGUUGAUUAAUGGUGAGGAGGGAUUCAGGUAUCCUCCUCCCGAUGAUAUCGAGGCGGCACUGGAGGCGGCCACGCCCGAAUCUACCUACAGCGAGCCCGAAGGAGUGGGGGUGGGGGUUGGGGGGAAAAGGUGGAAACCAUUAUGCGAGAGGUUUGAAGAUCACUUGGCAGAGAUGUGGAGAUACGACCUGGCAGAUGAAGCAAAAGCGCAAGCCAUCGCGGAUCAACAAGCGGAGGAGAAAGAAAAGAAGAGUAACGCGGCAAAGGAUAAAUAUGCUGCGGCGAAGAAGAAACAUGCGGCUGCCUUAGCGAGGGAUGCGGCUGCCAGUCCCGCACCCCAAAUGCAUGAGGAGGAGCGAGGGGAGGCGGAGGCGGAGGCGGAUAGGACGAUUACAAGGGAGGAUGCGAUCGAGGUCGAUCCGACUGCGAAUGGGUGGGACGGGCAAGUGAAUACGCCAGAGCCACCGAGUGUGGAGGAGCGGGAGCGGGAGGGGUUGAGAUUGCCGUUGCGAGACGGUGCGAUGGUCGAGGGGGAGGAUGUUGAGAUGGAUGAUUCUGUGCAUUAA